GGUGAGGCGGCGGGAGCGGGGUCAGGAAGCCGGGAAAGAACGGCCUGGCGCCGAGGCCACCGAUCAGAGCGUCCACAUCCUGUAGGAGGGCAAGCUGCGGGUUAGGAUCGGGACCCGUUGCUGAGACUUUCAUUUCUCUUGUUUAUUGAAGAAAAACAUGCUUCUUGAUUGUUGCAGUCUUUCCUCUACUGAACUCUUAAGCUCACUGGCAGAACGGAAGCAAAUUAGCCUGAACACUCAUCCGCAGCGCAGCACAAACGACAACGACGACAUGGAGCUCUGAAGGUGACAGGAGCCUGGUGUCGGCCAUGGGUCAUCAGGACACAGUCGGACCAUGUGGACCACUUUCUUCAAACUACGAAUCUUCUGCUGUCUGUUUGCGGUGCUAAUGGUGGUGGUGCUGGUGGUCAAUAUCACUCAGGUGGAGUACUUGGACCAUGAGACUCUCUCAGGGACGUUCAUCGACAGCAGCGGACAGUUCAUUUCCUCGCAGGCUACAGGCAUUAGCCGGAAUCCGUACUGUGGGUAUGAGCACCAGACCCUGUCCAGUCAGGAACGCUUAGAAGAGGAUGCUUUGCUUGCCGCCUCCAAGUGGCAGGUGCCCGAUGUGGACCUGGUCCCUUUUGUGAAGAGCACCGACCCUUCCUCCAGCUACUUCGUCAUCCUGAAUUCGGCAGCCUUCUUCAAGGUGGGGAGCCAGCUGGAGGUGCUGGUCCACGUGCAUGAUUUUCAAGGGAAGCCCAAGAAGUAUGGCGGAGACUACCUGCAGGCCAGAAUACACUCGCCUAAGCUGCAGGCAGGGGCCGUGGGCAGAGUGGUAGACUACCAGAAUGGAUUUUACAAAGUCUUUUUUACCCUGCUCUGGCCUGGCAGAGUUAGAGUGUCCAUCUCUCUGGUUCACCCCAGCGAAGGGAUUAGAGUUCUUCAGUACCUGCAGGAAGCGAAACCAGACAGGGUCUAUUUCAAGAGUCUCUUCCGUUCGGGAAGGAUUUCGGAAACAACGAAGUGCAACGUGUGUCUCCUGGGAAGUCUUCCCCUGUGCAACUUCACGGACCUCUACACCGGGGAGCCCUGGUUCUGCUUCAAACCAAAGAAGCUCCCCUGCAGCAGCAGAAUCAACCACUUCAAGGGCGGGUACACGAAGGGCCUUCUCACUGCUGCGGACAGUGCUUUCUUUCAGAGUGGUGUCAAUAUCAAAAUGCCGAUCAACUCCAGUGGACCUGACUGGGUGACCGUGAUUUCCAGGAGAAAAAAAGAAACUGAUGACCUAGAAGUAUCUCAAGGUUCAGGAACUUUUCCUUCUGGAUAUUUCUACAAAGACCAGUGGAGGCCCAGGAGGUUUAAGAUGCGCCAUUUCAAUGACCCUGCUAACAUUACGGAAUGCCUGCAAAGAAAAAUGGUGUACCUAUUCGGCGACUCCACCAUCAGGCAGUGGUUCGAAUACCUCACUAUGUUUGUCCCAGAUUUAGUGGAGUUUAACUUGGGUAGCCCCAAGAACGUCGGCCCCUUCCUUGCAGUGGACCAGAAACACAACAUCUUGCUCAAAUAUCGCUGCCAUGGUCCGCCCAUCCGCUUCACGAGCGUCUUUAGUAACGAGCUUCAUUAUGUGGCAAAUGAACUGAAUGGGAUUGUGGGGGGGAAGAACACAGUGGUGGCCAUAGCCAUAUGGUCUCACUUCAGCACAUUCCCCUUGGAAGUCUACAUCCGGAGGCUCCGGAACAUCCGACGAGCAGUGGUCCAACUCCUGGAUCGAAGCCCUAAGACUGUGGUUGUCAUCCGGACAGGCAAUGCCCAAGAGCUGGGGCCUGAGGUGAGCCUUUUCAACAGUGACUGGUACAACUUUCAGCUGGACACUGUUCUUCGGAGGAUGUUCUCAGGGGUUGGAGUCUAUCUUGUUGAUGCCUGGGAGAUGACCUUGGCUCAUCAUCUACCCCACAAGCUGCAUCCAGAUGAAGUGAUUGUGAAGAACCAGCUGGACAUGUUCUUAUCUUACGUAUGCCCCUUGGAGACCUAACUAUCUUCAAGCACACUAAAGGAAUCGCAUUUAGUGACCUUCCUGGUUGACUUGUAGUAUAGAAAAUUUGUGAUUGACUCUAUGGUCAGAUGGAUACUGUCAAUCUGUUGGACAUUUCAAAAAAGAGCUGUACUUUGCAUACUGACUUGUAAAGAACUUAGGCAGUAUGCACUGCAUUUGUGUCUACCUGUAGGAUUUUUCCAUCUUGACUUAGCCAUCCUAGAGCUCUUAUUAACAGUAUCUACACACUGUAUUGCCCUUGUAACCAAAGAUGCUAAGGAGUGUAUUUGAACUGGCUUCUCCUGGGGUGGAGAUUUCUGUGCUAAUGCCUAUGAGAAGUGGUUUGAGGAAACAGAAUGGACAGAUUUGGUUGGCAAUGGUGUGUUUGCCACUUACUUGGCAAAGGAAAUGACGCAUGUCUUCAGGAAUAGCACAAGGAUCCCUCCUCAGGACUAGAGAAUGUUCAUUGUCAGAGUUCCCGUGGCCACGCUGAAGACUGCUGUAUCUCAGGAGUUUCUAUUGACGUCCCCCCACCCCCCUGAAUUACUUGUAAAAGCCAAUAUGUGUAGGUCAGAAUUUUAUAAUAAGGAUAGUAACAAUUUCCUGCUUUUAUCUAGGAAAGAGGCAAAACAGAAGAGCAUACAGCCUGUGCUUUGGAUCGGUGUUCGCAUUUGAUAAUUGUUUCUUACUUGAUUCAGCCGAGUUUUGUGUGAUGAAUACUUAUUCUAGAAUAACCGCUUUUGGAAAUAAAUAUGUAAAGAGAAGUCUAUUUUUGUGUUCUGGAACGUGUGGGUCUUAAGAACUGACUUUUAUGUAAAGAAUGCUGCUGUCAUAAAAUUGUGCAGUUUCCCCAA